GCCAAUAUUUAUGGGAAGCAAUUACUAAACGAUUUUGCUUUUACUUUAAAAUCUGCAGAAAAUUUAAAUUGUGUUUGUGUUUUUUUAAUUUAAGUGAAAUAUGUCUAUUUUAUUAGCAGACAUUGAUGCAACUUGUGCUGCUUUGGGUUAUACUGAUAAAAAUCAGUACCAUGCAGAACCAGAUGCUAUUCUUGGGCUCAAACAUCUUAUAUGGAUUCUCAGACGUGAUUCGGAAACUCAUGAAUAUCGUCGCCACAUAGGACAUUCUAAAGUGCUACGAACUGAUUUAGUGUACAUGUUGUGUGAUUAUGUCCAAGAUGAUGAAUAUGCUGAUGUGCUAAUACGUUUGUUGGUAAUAUUAACAAAUCCAACAUUGCUAUUGUAUCGUGAUGGACCUCCAAAAGAUAAUCAUUCGCGAAAAAUAUUUAUGGAAUUAAUUGAUAUAUUGCAAACUUAUAAAAGUGCAUUUACCAACGAAAUAAUUUGGACCGCCUUAUUUAAGAAACUAAAAAAAGGAUUGCAAACUGAUUGGGCGUUGCGCAGCGAGGAGCAAAAUCUACUGAUUGAACGUGUUCUGGUGUUGUUACGCAAUGUGCUUCAAGUGCCUUCGAGCCCUGAUACGGAGUGUCGUGGAGACAACGAUGCUAGCAUACACGAUCAAAUAAUUUGGGCUUUGCAUCAAUCCGGAAUUUUAGAUUUAGUUUUGUUUGUGAUUUCCUCAUCCGACGAACAUCAAUUUCAUUUGCAUUGCCUAGAGAUUAUAUGUCUGCUUUUCCGUGAACAGUCAGCGGAGUCCCUGGCGGACGCAUUACUGCAACGCAGUGCAAGUGAGAAGCAACGCGACGAACAGGAAUUGUUGGCAGCACGGCGACGUGAGAAACAGCAUUGUGUGUCAAAACCUCCACCAGGAAGACACUCACGUUUUGGUGGCACAUAUGUAAUACGAAAUUUCAAAUCUGUUUCUGAUCAGGAUAUUAUCUGUCAUCAGCCACUAGAACGUGUUACGACCAUUGAUUUUGAUCGGGAAAAGGAGCAGCAAAAGCGGUCUUUUCGUCAUGUGAAAGAAGAGGCACAAAUAGUUCGGCGUAGUGCCUUCUCUGUGCGUUUGUGUCUGCGUGAGUACUGCAUUGAGGUUUUGCGGUCAGCUUACAACACCUUCGUCCGUCAGGUGAAACGUGUCGUGGAACGAAAUUCUGGUUCUACUAGUCACGACGACUCUUAUCUGCUAUGGGCGAUACGUUUUUUUAUGGAAUUUAAUCGCUUGAAUGGUCUUCAAUUGGAGCUCGUGAGUGAAUCUUUAAGUGUGCAAUGUUUCCAUUGGGUUCUAACGCGUAUGCAGCACGACAUGGACAUGAUUGUGAGUGAUAAGAAACAGGCGCGUGUCUGGGCCAAACGCUUACAAAUCGGGCUUCAGACAUUCCGGGAAUUGCUUCAUAGCAUGCUGGCGUUGCAGAAGCUACAGGAUGACAAUGCUCGUGCACUAUUCGAUAUGUUAUUGAAUAAUGUGUGCUAUGUGCUCGAGUAUCGGGAGACAAUAUUGCAUCUGUUAAUGAACUACAAUGAGGCGCACAGCACAAAGGUGUUUCUUCGUGAAGUUAUUGAGACGGCAAAUAUAUUUAUAAAGAUGAUGGAAAAGUUUUGUAAAGAUACGGUUGUAGUGCAGGACAAAAAGAAAGCUAAAAGACGUAUUCAAAAAAAGAAUAAUAAAAAAACUGUUGCGGAAAUGGAGGAUGAAUUGGAGAAUAAUUGGGCAAAAAUUAGUAUUUCAUUAGGUUUUAGUCUUAGUAAUGAACUUACUAUACCAGAAGAAGAGCAACCGAUUCCGUUUGAUGCAACAUCCGAAAAAAGCAUUGAUGACCAAAAGGAAGAUUGCAUGAUUAGAAUAAAUAAACUCCUACGUGAGGAAAAAUUAGAGCAUGCAAUUGCAUUGAUGCGAGCUGGAAGGGAAGUAUGGCCAGAAAAUGAUGUGUUUGGUUCGAUAUCUGCUGCGCCAGAAGACGAAUUAUUGCUACUUCGUGAGAUUUACAUGCACACCAUAACAACAGUUGAAGAUACUGAAAACGCUGAACAGAAUGAAUUUGUUGAUGAUGAAAAUGAUCUUGGUGAUGAGGAAAACGAUGAAUAUGAAGAUAAUGGAUUAGUUGAAAAAACUUUCAAAUUUGAAGAUUUUGCAAAAAGACUGUUAAAUCCGAAAAUAGUACGCGCUUGUACGGUGGUGCUCGCCGACUGGGCACGGAUACCAACUACAUCCUUGAAGGCAGCUGUUACCAUUCUGCACCGCAUCGCAUAUGGUUGCUCAUGUUCAGCUAUGUUGUUCCAAGCAAAACUUUUUCUUAUUUUUCAACAAGUCCUCAAUGCAGGUCGUGAUGCCCACCAGGAAGAGCUGCGUCGUCUUGCUAUCUUCGUUAUACGUAAAUUUGCUGAAGUCGCCCCCUCAAACCCAAAAAUCUAUGCGGAAUUAUUAUUUUAUAAAUCAAUUAAAGAGGCAAAUGAGUUGGAAUCUGGCUAUUGUAAUGAAUACGAAUCGGGCGCCAAAGGUGUUUGGUCGGAGGAACAAGAAACCGAGCUACGUUUUCUGUUUGAGGAGAAUCAACGCAAUCCUGAAACUGAUAAGGAUGUGAUUGAUUGGAUUUUGGAUAACAUAGUUGACAAGACACGCACACGACGUGCCAUACUAAAGAAACUAAAGGAUAUGGAUUUACAAUUUAAAGCUCCAACAAAACGCACGACAGCAAAUGCAGCAGCGAAAAAAAAUCUUUGGAGACCUGAAGAGGAUGAGGAAUUGAGAAGUUUGUAUGAUCAAUAUAGAACAGAAGAAGUAUGUUUACAGCGUAUUUUGGAAGAAUUUUCUGAUCGGAGAAACAAACAACAAAUUAUCAAAAGGAUGUUACAAUUACAUAUUAUAGCUGACAAGUCCGAAAUAUUACCACCAAAACCUAAAAAGUCAAAAUCGAGAAAACAGAAAAAUAACGAAAAUAGCGAUAGUGAAGAUGACGGAAUAGAAUCCAUAGCAUCUUUGGAUAACAAACAAACAACAAAAACAACACGCAAAGUCAAAAACAAGAAGCCCUCCAAACCAAAGCAACGUAAAGUCAUCCGCACUCCACUUGAUGUUGGAACAAUAAGAGCUCUUUUGGAACAAGUUGAUAGCGAGAAAUAUAUGGAAGCGGUAGAAUGGUUAAAAGAAUGUUUAAAUGAUGCUGCUGAUGAUACGGACGAACCAGCUGAAGAAGAUGAUGGCAUACCACUAGUCCCGUUACUUCCGAUAUGUAGAGAAGCGAUGGAAGAUAAAGAUUUCCAAAAAGUACUAAUUGCUUUGGGCAUACAACCACCGAUAUUAGGCAUUGAAAAUUAUUGGCGUAUACCAAUUUAUUUAAAUUCUGCUGAUUUAAAAGCAAGAACAAAAAUUCUAGCAGGAGAAGAAAUCGAAGUUGAAGCGGUUGAAGUUGAAGAAGAUGAUAAUGAAGAGGAGAGCGGCGAGGAAAGUGCAAGUGGAAAUGAUGAAAAUUAUAAUGAAGAAAGUGAGGACUAUUUUGAUACACUAAGAAACAAAAUGAACAGCAUAAUGUUUAAUAAAAGUGAUGAUGAAGAAAAAGAACCUAUGAAAAAGAAGCAUAAACAGAAAAGAACUUCAAAAUUGAAGAAUGUUGAGAUAUCUGAAGAUGAUUUGGAAACGGUGACUGAAAUAGAAAUGAAAUUAAAUAGAAAAAAGAAACAUGAUUAUAUAUCCAGUGAUGAGGAAAUUAGUGAACCUAUAAAAGUAAAAGCAAAGAAGCCCAAUUCAAAUAAAAACAAAAAGAUAGAAAAUAAAAAGAAAGGCUCAGACAAUAAAUUUGAUCAGUUAAAAACUGAACGUAAAAAUAAGUUAAAAUUAUCGGAUAUGGUUGCUGAAGAAAAGAACAAUGAUGAAGAAAUUGAUGAACUCGAUUUUAAUUCUGAAGAUUUCCGAAAGCGCUUAUUAGAAUUAGGUGAUUCUGAAGCUGAAUCACUGAACAGUGAUGAUGAUGUUAAAGAAAAUGGCAACGAGAAAGCUGUUAACACAAAUCGUUCACGAAGAGCUCAAAUCAUUGAUUCAGAUAGUGAUGAACAUGAAAUUGAAACGAGUCAACAAAGCACAGAUUACAAAUAUAAAAAGACGGCGAAUUUAAUUGCUGCUGAGGAAAACGACGAAAACGAAGAUAAUAGCAAUCAUAAUUUAAAAGAUACUUCAGUAGGAAUUAAUGAUAACGACAGUACACUCAAGAAUAACAAAAAACGUCAACGGUCAAGUGGAAGUAGAAGUGAUGCUGAGAAUAUUGAUAGUAAAAGUGCACAAGACACAGAUGACGAAAACGAGUCUGAUAACUUCAUUGCAAGAAGGAAGUCGGUGGAGACAAAAGCAACCGAAGAAGGACCUGCCAAACGCCGUCGGUUUGCUAUCAUUGACGAUGAUGACGAUGAGUAGGUUUUUGUUUAUUAAACUUAUUUUUUAUUGCAAUGCAACCAAUUUGACUUCGACAAAUUGGCUGAUGUGAAUUUGAUAGGUUAAGCAUACGAACGACUUCUUUUUUAUUCUUGUUGAUGUUAUAAAGUAAAAUAAGUAAUUUGUGUAAUUGACAUUAAAUUAUAAUAAA